GUCACUUGAUAUGGACCGUGUCAAACAUGCAAACAUCAAAUGCUACUUCGCUCACCUCUCGCCACGUAGCUGUCAUCGGUGCCGGCGCCGCCGGUUUGGUGGCGGCACGUGAGCUCCGGCGUGAAGGUCACCAAGUGGUUGUCUUUGAGAAAGAUAGCCAAAUUGGUGGGACAUGGGUGUACACUCCACAGGUCGAAACCGACCCUCUUGGGCUAGACCCGACCCGACAUAUCGUCCACACCAGUUUAUACAAGUCCCUCCGGACCAACUUGCCGAGAGAGUCGAUGGGCUUUAUGGAUUAUCCAUUCGUGACCCGAGCGGGUGAAGGGAGCGACCCUAGAAGGUUCCCGGGUCAUGCAGAAGUGUUGAAGUAUCUGCAAGAUUUUGCUAGGGAGUUUGGGAUUGAAGAAAUGGUGAGGUUUGAGUGUGAAGUGGUUAGUGUGGAGAUGGUUGAUAAUGAGAAAUUGAAAGUGAAGUGUAAAAGGAUGAGACCUGAUGGUGGUGAUGAUGAUCUGCUAGAUGAGGUUUUUGAUGCUGUUGUUGUUUGUAAUGGACAUUUCACACACCCUCGUAUUGCUGAAAUCCCUGGCAUCAACUUGUGGCCCGGAAAGCAAAUACAUAGCCAUAACUAUCGUACUCCUGAACUCUUCAAGGAUAAAGUUGUAAUUUUAAUUGGCAGUUCUGCAAGUGCUAUUGAUUUAUCCCUUGAGAUUGGUGGAAUUGCCAAAGAGGUGCACAUUGCAUCUAGAUCAGUUGCCAAUGAUACAUAUGAAAAGCGGGCUGAAUGUGAUAAUAUAUGGCUACAUUCUAUGAUAAAAAGCGCACAUAAAGAUGGUUCUGUGGCUUUCCGAGAUGGUAACAGUAUUGUCGCUGAUAUUAUUCUGCAUUGCACAGGGUACAAGUAUUACUUCCCAUUCCUCAAAAUCAAUGGCAUUGUGACUGUGGAUGACAAUCGUGUUGGACCACUCUACAAGCAUGUUUUCCCACCUGUUUUUGCCCCGCAGCUUUCCUUUGUCGGACUACCCUACAGGAGUUUACCUUUCCCAAUCUUUGAAAUUCAAAGCAAGUGGAUUUCUGGUGUUCUAUCUGAUCGAAUUGUGCUCCCUUCACAAGAGGACAUGAUGGAAGAUAUUAACACCUUCUACUCGUCACUUGAAGAUUCUGGUGUGCCUAAGCGUCACACUCAUAGCAUGGGGGACGCAAUGAUUGACUACAAUGCUUGGGUUGCUUCUCUGUGUCAAUGUCCUUGCUUUGAAGAAUGGAGAGUACAGAUGUUCUAUGAAACGGCCAAGAGAUUGAACGCCAACCCAAAGACAUUUCGUGAUGAAUGGGAAGAUGACAACCUGGUCUUGCAAGCCUGUGAAGAUUUCAGCAAAUACAUCUGAAAUAAACACCAAAGAGAGUUACAGGGGAGCUCAUGAUUUUCUCUAUAUAGUUGUGAACUAGCCUAUUUAAUAAAAGACUAGCAGAGUUCCUUUUCUUUUUCAGGUUACUGAUUACCAAACUUUAGAGCAAAGAUUCCAAGAGAAACGCCCAAAGAGAGCUGUAUGGCAGAGUGGGAUACCAGAAAGGAAAAAUACAUUUGGGCAUGCAUCUGCAUGGUUUUAUCCUUGUGCAUCUUUCCGGGCCUACGCCAUUCACAUUCCCACUCUCCCUUCAGAGUACUGUCAGCGUUGGCUGCGCUGAAGUAAUGCCCUAGGGCUGCCUCAGCCACAUCUACCGGACCAUCAACCUGUUCAAUUCAGAAAUAACAAUACACGAACUGCAAUAGCCGAAGAGAAAUUUUGGAAUCUGAGCAGUGACUAAUACUUUGAACAUAAAAGUCUCAGUGAAGUUAUCCCCUAUUUGUGAAUUAUAUAAAAGUCUAAACAAGCUUUCAAUUA